AUGUCUCAUUCCGCUCCAACAGAUGGCAAACUCGAAACUUCCCAUCAUGAACGACCCACUCGAACUUUGAGCUCAAACGAAUCAGAAUCCUCUUUAUCACGAGGUCAACAAUUGGCUUCAGACGAAGAAAUUGAAAAAUAUCGACCCCGUUUCCGGGGAGCUAGGUUGAAUGCGUUUCUAGCUUUUAUUGCUGGAACAGGGUUCACCUUGUUUGGAUAUGACCAAGGUGUCUUGUCUGCAUUGCUUACAACUGAAAGCACCAGCCGCGAGUUUGGUCCGCCUAACCAUGCCACACUACAAUCCUUGCUCGUGGCCAUUUAUGAGAUUGGAUGUCUAAUAGGCGCACUAUCGAAUCUAUGGGUAGGAGAAAAGCUAGGAAGACGACGCACUAUUGCAGUUGGUGGUAUUAUAAUGAUCAUCGGGGCAAUCCUCCAGACAGCAAGUUUCAGUUAUGCACAAAUGCUAGUGGCGCGCGUGAUUACUGGCUUGGGUAAUGGGCUGAAUACAUCUACCGUUCCAGCAUACCACGCGGAAUGUGCUUCACCGGAAAAACGAGGUUACCUCAUUAUGAUUGAAGGGAGCUUGAUUACAUUUGGUAUUAUGGUUUCUUAUGUGAGGAUUGUUUAUUCGCCCGCUUCAUUCGGACUAAUACCUGCCAUGAAACUUAGUGGAUCGACUUCGGAUUGUAUUAACAUUGAGGGUAGUUUCUUCGUAAAGAAUUCCUCUGCUCAGUGGAGAGCUCCAGUGGCUUUACAGAUAGUGUUCGCACUUGUGAUGAUAAUUGGUGUUGAGCUCUUGCCAGACUCUCCUCGUUGGCUCGUCAACCAAGGACGCUACGCCGAAGCGCUUGCAGUUAUCUCGGCAUUGGAAGAUAAGCCGCACGAUCACCCAGACGUUCAGAGAACUUUCCUAGCCAUUCGCGAAGCCGCUCUUACUGAAAAUACAAUAUCUAAGAAAGGGGAGCCUCAACACAAAUUUAAUCUUCGUGAGCUCUUUCAUGGGGGCCGCUCGCAAAACUUCCGUCGUGCCACCCUUGGGAUUGUGAUCCAGGCGUUCCAACAAAUCACUGGUAUAAACUUGAUCACAUACUAUGCUACUCUAUUGUUUGAAAGGCUUGGGAUUAAUGACCUGAAGUCAAGAAUCCUGGCAGCCUGCAACGGAACUGAGUACUUUCUCGCCAGUCUGAUAGCGGUUUGGCUUAUCGAGAAAGUUGGUCGGCGCAAGUUGAUGAUCUUUGGGGCGAUUGGUCAAACCAUUACCAUGGUUCUUUUGGCUGUGCUAGGGAGCAUUGAUAGAUCUUCAACCAACCUUGUAUCCGCAGUCCUCCUGUUUGUAUUCAACUCGUUUUUCGCGAUUGGCUGGUUAGGAAUGACUUGGCUGUAUCCUGCAGAGAUCACGCCUCUAAGGAUCCGCCAACCAGCCAAUGCAUUAUCGACCGCUUCCAAUUGGGCAUUCAACUUCAUGGUAGUAAUGGUUACCGGUCCAUCAUUCGAAAACAUUGGAUAUCACACCUACACUGUUUUCGCAUGCUUGAAUGCGUUCAUUAUUCCUGUUGUUUACUUCUACUUUCCUGAAACCGCAGGCAGGUCUUUGGAAGAUAUGGACGUUGUGUUUGCACAGGCAUACAACGAGGGGGUAUCUCCUGUUUCUGUGUCUUUACGAAAAGAUGUUCCUCCUGCUGGCUCACCAGAAGCCGACGAGAUACUUGGAUUUGGGAUCAGGAGACGGAACAAUGCUUCAGAUCCAUCGCCUGACCAGACCAGGGGAGCGCAUAUGGAUGUUGAGAAGCAAGGGUAG